AUGAUAAGAACACGCCUAGUCUUUGAGAGGAUCUUUUUUCUUAUAAUAUUUUUUGGAAUUGUUUACUUUUUCCUUGAUUUUAUGACCGUGUAUGAAAGCUCCAUAAGAUAUUUAAGUUUUCUUUUACUUCUUUUUAUUUAUGGCGUUUCCUAUAUCCUAGCUAUAAUUCCCGAUAUGGCGAAUUCUAUAAAUUAUAUUUCAUUUUACAAAACUAGGAAAAAGAAGGUUCUUUCCUAUUCUUUUAAAAAGGAUAUAUUUUGUCAAAAGAAAAAGAAAAAAAAGAUAAGUAAUAAAGACCUAGAAAUUCAUAACUUAAUAGACACGAAUUUUUUUUAUAUGAAUCCUGGAGUUAUUGAAAAAGAAUAUUAUGAGAAAAAAAAUGAAUUUAACGAUGCUUAUAUGUAUUACUUGAAGCAUAUUAAAUAUAUGCAAAAAAGGGAUAGGAAACAUGGUAAUAAAACCAAUACAAAUAAUUAUAUAAAUUCAAAGGUAGCUAUGAAUGAUGAAGAUUUUAAUAGUAAUAUAAAUAAUAGAGUUCAUGAUAAUAUAAAUUAUAAAAAGGACAGGAAGGAAGAUAUUUAUAAAAAUGAUGAUAAUUAUAGUGAUAAUAAUAUGUAUGCAAUGAAUAAGAAAGAGAACAAAGAGCAUAAAAAGUAUAUUAUAGAUAAUUCUGAGGAGUUUGAAAAAAUAUGUUUUAAUGAUCAAGGGAAAAAAAUAAAAAUAAAAGAUAAAAUUAUUAGAUAUAUUGAAUUGAGUAAUAAUAAUAAAAAAAAAAAAAUAAAAAAUAAUAAUAAUAAUAAUAAUAAUAAUAAUAAUAGUAAUAGUGUGAAUGUGAACAAAAUUGAUGAAGAACAAAAUAGUCAUGUUAAUCAAAAUAAUUAUAUUCUUGAAGAAGGGAAUAAAAAAACAAAAAAAAAUGUAUCAUAUAAAUUCUAUGCUUAUGAUGAGAAAACAAGAAAAGUUAAAAAUAUUUAUGAAAUACACAAUGAAGGUUUAAGUAUAUAUAAUGAAAUGAUUGGAAAACAUGAUAAUUCCUUAAUUCAUUAUAAAAAGAAAGAUACGAAGAAGAUGAUUGGAUCAUUUCUACAUGAGAAAAUAUAUUUAGAUGAUGAAAAUGAUUUAAGCAGUGACGAGGAUAUAGAAUAUAUAAAUAAGAAACAGAAAUAUGUUUAUUUAUUAUUAAAUAAGAUAUUAUGUAAAAAUAAGAGUAAAAGAAAUAAUAGUUAUUUAUUAUCUGAAUAUGGUUCCAAUAUUAAUAGUUAUACUUUAGAUAGUUUUUAUGAUAGAAAUAAACGAAUAAAUAAGAAUACGAAUUUUAGUAAAUGGCAUAAUUUAUAUUUAAAAUGUAUAAUAAAUAUAAAAAUAAAUUUUAUGGAAUUUUGUAAAAAUAGUGCUUUUAUUAUUGCUGAUAUAAUUAUAACUUUGUUAUUAAAUAUAUUAUGGUUAAAUGUACAUAAAUAUAUAUAUCGUAAUAAUGAUGAUUUAGAUAGGGGUAUGUUUAAUUGGAAUACAAGUGAAAUACCAAAAAUAUAUAAUAGUAUAGAAGGUUAUUUACAAUAUUUUAUUUUAUAUGAUAUGUGUAUAAAAUUAUUUUUAUUUUUCUCAUCUAAUUAUAUAUUAAGUUUUUGGUUUUUAUUAAAUUUAUUAAAUACCCCAUUUUUUUAUAUUUUAGUAUCUUAUUUUAAUAAUAUAAAAUAUAAGAAGAUGCACUGGUUAUAUUUAUCAUGUCCUUUAAGAUUUUUGAAUUUCUUACGUAUAGAAGAUUUAUUUGGAAAGAAUAAUAAUUACAAUAAAUUAAAUAUCCCCUUGAUUAAAUUGUCCGUACAAAUAUUUGUAAUGAUAUAUACAUAUGCCUGUUUAAAUUAUUUAAUUGAACAACCGUGUCGAGGAGAAUAUGAAUUAUAUGAUUAUGUUUUUUCAGGAAUGCAAACGGUUACUACCGCAGCAUUAGGAAAAGGUACAUGUUUCCCUUUUUCUUUUAAAGGUAGAUUUGCUCAUAUAUUAUAUAUAUUUAUGACAUUUACCUAUAUACAUUAUAAAAUAAGAUCAUUAAAAAAUUAUAUAAUUGAAGAGAAAAAAAUAUAUGGUAAAAUACCAAAUAUAGGAUCAUGUUAUUUUGUAAUUAUAGGACAUAUGAAACCAAUACAAUUAUAUGUUAUAAUAAAUGAACUACAAUCAACAUAUAAUAAUUUAGAUGAAAUAAUUAUUUUAACAAGUUUACCUAUAAAAUUUUAUUGGAAUAUUAUUCGUUUAUUAAAUAAGAAAAAUGUGUGUCAAAUAAGUGUUUGUUUAUAUGAUUUAAAUAAACCUAUGCCAUUAAAAAUAAAAAAAAUAAUAUCUUAUAGUAGUGGAGUAUUUAUAUGUAAUAAUAUUAUUAAUACACAUUAUAAUAUUCAUAAUGACAUGGAGACAUUAAAACGAUAUAAUGAAAUCAAUACUUUUGGACCAUAUGAUAAACAUAUAUCUAUCUUUUUAAAUAAUAUGUGUAAUCGAAAUAUAUUACUUCAAAGAUAUAAUAGACAUGUUUUAUGUCUUAAUGAUUUGAAGAUGAAAUUAUUUGCAAAAACGAUAGAUGAUUGUCAUGGUAUGUUUUUAUUAAUAUUAUUAUUUUUUAUGAAUACACCUCAAAAAAUUAAAUGUAAGCAUACAUAUAUAUUAACAAAAUAUUUUGAUAAACAGAUAAAGCGUCAUAAUAAAAAAAAGAAAAAAUAUAAUAAAUUAAGAAAAUAUAAUAAACUAAAAAAAUAUACUCAUCAUAAUAAGAAUGAUAAUAUUUUUUUUAAAAUCAAUAUGAAAUUAAAAAAUUUCUUUUAUCCAACUAAAACGAAACAUAUAAAAACCAAUUUCCAAAAUCAAACAAAUAAUAAGCCACGUUAUUAUUUUCUAAAAAAUAUGUUUUUUAUUUUUUAUACAAAACGUUUUAUACGUAAUGGAAAUAAUAAGAAUAUAUAUAUAAAUAAGAAAAAACAUAUAUUAAAUGAAAAGCACAAGAAUAAGACACAUAUGGAUGAUCAACAAAAUUAUUACAAAAUAAAUAUAGGAAAUCAAAAUAUUGAAAAUAUGGAAAAUAUGGAAAAUAUUGAAAAUAAUGAUUCUCCAUCUUAUAAUAUAAACAAGAAAAAUGUUAAAGAAACAAAUUCAGAUGAUCGUUGGUUAUAUAAAAAUCAGAUUUAUGGAAAGAAAAAAAAAAACAAAAAAAAAAGAAAAAAGGUGUUUUUUGUAAAUGAAAAUAUAAAAAACAAUGAUGAAAAAAAUAAAAGUAAAAAUAAUAUAUAUAACAAUAUAAAAAGUAAUAAAACUAUAAGAAACCAAUAUUAUGAAAAGAAUUUUAAGAAAUCAUUAUGUAAAACAUUCUUAUCAUAUAAAUUUGAUGAAGAUACAAUAUUUAAUUCAUUUACAAAUUAUUUAAAUUAUAUGAAAGGAAUUAAAUAUAAUAUUUAUAAAAUUAAGUUCCCAGUAGCUUUCUUAAAUAUUCAUUUUGUUACGAUUGUUCAAUAUAUGUAUAUGAAUUAUAACACAUUUGUUAUAGGUAUAAUUGAUGAAGAUAAUGAAGUCAAAUUAAAUCCAGUCGAUUAUAUAUAUAACAAUCGUGAUAUAUAUUUUAUUAUAUUAACGGACAGUUUUAAUUUAUUACACAAAAUAACACAUAUAAAAAAAAUUGAAUUGGAUUGGUUGGAUAAAAUAGAUCAAAUAAAAAUAAAGAGGACACAAAAAUUUGUAAGGAAUGAAAAAAAAGACAACUUACCUUCACAAGGGACUGUUGAAGAAUAUAGCACAUACAGAAAAAAAAAUCAUCAAAUUAGGAAUGAUCAUAAUGAUGAUAAAGAAAAAAAAAAAAAAAAUAAUAAUAAUAAUAAUAAUAAUAACAGUGAUAAUAAUAGUGAUAAUAAUAAUAAUAAUAAUAAUAGUGAUAAUAAUAGUGAUAAUAAUAAUAAUAAUAAUAACAGUGAUAAUAAUAAUCAUUAUAAUAAUCAUUAUAAUAAUAAUUAUUGUUCUUAUAGUAAAUGGAAUAAUUACUUUGAAUAUUAUAAUAAGGAUCUUUCCCAAAAACAUCGAGAAAUAAGUAAAUUAAGACAAGAAGAUAAUAUAUAUUUUAAUCCCGUCUUAAAUAUUUUUAAAGUGGAAAAUUAUUUAGAAGCUUAUAAAAUUUUCAAACUCAAAAAUAAAAAUGAAAGUAUAAAGCAAAGUAUAAGUCAAAAUAAAAAGUUAAAUUUAAAUGUAGAAAGGAACCAUUCCAAAAGUAACCAUAAAAAUUGUACUCUAUAUAACGAAGAGAAUAUAUAUAAUAAGAAUGAAGAAAUUUUGUUAAGAAAUGAUAAAGAGAAUAAAAAAAAAAAAAAAUUAAAACAAAAGAAAGAACAUUUAUCAAAUGACAAUAUGAAGAAUCAUAAUUUUGAUGAUCAUUAUAAUAAUUGUAAUUUUAUAAUAUUAAUAUAUUGGCCACAAUCUCUAAAUACAUUUUUAAAAAUAUUAUUUCAAAAACGAGAACAUAAUAUAAUUAUAUUAAGUGAUCAAAUUCCAUCAUAUAUAUACAAUAAUAAUUUAUUUCCUUAUCGAUAUAAUAUUUGUUAUAUUCAAAAAUCACCACUUGUUCUAUUUAAUUUAAUAUUGUCUGGUAUAUUAGUAUGCGAGAAAUGUAUAAUUUUUAAAAAUUAUUUAAAAUUAGACUCCUAUCAAAAUAUUGUGUCAUAUAACGAAAAAACAAAAAAUAUAAACUUCUUGGAAUAUAUGUGUGAAUAUAAUGAUAGUGAUUUAAUUAUUAUAUAUAAUAAUAUAGAAAAUAUAUUUAGAAGAAAAGAUAUAAAUACAAACUUUAUUAAUUAUUAUAUUAAAAAUUAUAAUGAAAAAUAUAAAUAUCAUGAUUAUUUAAAAAAUAAAUUAUCUAUCCAUUAUAGACAUAAUCCAUCUGUUAUCAACAAUUUUUAUACACAUCAUGAUAAUAUAAAUAACGACAAAAAAAAAACAAAAAAAAAACAAACUUCUCAAAAUCAUUAUUAUAGUAAUAAUAUAAUAUCAGAAAAAAAUAUAAAACCAAUAGAUGAAUCAAAUAUAAAGGAAAAAAAAAUAAAUAAAAAUAAUAAAAAUAAUAAAAAGAAAAAAUUAUAUUUAUUAAUAGAAUUAAAUAACGCUUUAUCAAUUCAAUAUUUAAAUAAUGAUGCUUUAACUAAUGUAAAUAUUUUAAAAGAAGAAAUGGAUAAUAUUAAUAAAAAUAAAUCACAUAAUUUGUUAUUCGUUGAGAAUUAUAAAAAACAAAUACAAUUUUUUAAUUAUGGAAAUCUACUUGUAGAAAAUAUAUACAAAAAAAUAGAACAUAUUUUUAUAGAUAAUUAUUUUUUCUAUCUAUAUUUUCUACAGUUUACUUCAGCUAGUAUAUUUAUAGAUGAAUUAUUGUAUCAUCUAAUAGGAUACACAUUUCCUAUUAAAAAAAAUUCAUUAGAUACAUCGACCAUAAACUCUUUUAUUCAUGGUACAUAUGUAGACAAAAAAAAAAAAAUCAAAACGGACUUGAUACUAAAAAAUAUUCAUCCCAAAUAUCAUUGUAGAAAUUUCUUUUUCCUCUUUCAAAAAUAUUUAAAGAAAGGAAGAAUUAUAAUAGGAAUUUAUCGCUGCGAUGAAGAUAAUCAUAUGACUAUAGUUAUCCCAUGUCCACAGAAAAAUCUUUUGAUGCAUAAAAACGACAAGGUUUAUGUAUUACAAAGUGAAUAUGAAAGUUAA